GGACGGUCUCUGACCAUUGGAUCAACCGCACAUGGGCUGAUUCGGUCAUUGGUUCAAUGCAUGACAGAUCCUGUCCAUCAAUCGAAUCGCCCCCACACACGUGCAUCAUUGCAAACACGGCCAUGAACGCCCGCACCUCACGCACAACCGGCAUCAAACCGGCACACGCUGUUGAUGGGGACACCCAGACGACACCCAGACACUUCAGAGGAAGACGCCGAACUCCUGCCAUUUCUCCCCUUGUUUGUCCUCAUUGUCCGUCUCCCUCCCCUCCUGUGGCCCGCCAUCCAGCCACUCCUGAAACACACCCACCCUGCCGUCCUCCUCUGUACCAUCCCCCCUCUCCCCUUUGCCCUUGUCAGGCUUGUCCUGCUGCUGGUGGUGGUGUGCUUCCUGCUGGUCUGUGGGAUGGUUUGUGAGGACCACCCACGCGCCGGGCUGGUCCUCUGGCCAUGGUUUCGGCCAGGUGUUGGCUGCGUCUUCUGUGGGGGCGGACCCGCGCUGCUGCUCGAGGAGGGAGGAGCUGGACUGGGAGAACACCACAUAGGAAGCUGAUGGAUGGAUGAGGGAGGACAGCAGACAGACACAUUCACGCCAGUGUGUAUGGUAUGUGGGCAGCCUGGGAGGAAGCGCGUGUUCGCACCUAUCUCAUGGAUGGGCUCGAGGUCUUCCGGAUGAGCGAUGCUUCCUGCAGGCACACGAACACGGGCACAGGGAGGGACACACCACCGGUCACAGUUGCACUCACAAUCAAGGCCGUGUGCGCAUCGCAUCGAUGUGUUUUCUCUCUCCGCACGUACUCGCAAAUCGCCAGGCCUCACCCUGGGCCAUCCGUGUUGCCUCUGAGAACAACAGACAGACAGACAGACCGACAGACAGCCGGUCCAUCCAUCCAUCCAUCCACAGACACAUACACUCGUGUACCUUGCUCGUCAUCUAGAGUGGACGGCUUGAGUCCCCUGUCCGUCGAUUCAGCCCUGAAGUCAUCCAGGUGGUGCUGAAGGGCGAUGUGGCUUGACCUGGUGGUCUGCUCCUCCCCUGAACAGGCAGGGAGGCGGUCGGUCGGGCAACAAGAAAACACAGGUGCCAUGAUGAUGUUGCUUGCAAUGAUUGAGUGACAGACAUACAUACAUUCCUUUAGAAGGUCGAUACGGCGCUGGCGUCGCUCCUGCGAUAGCGACUCGUCAAUCGCACUCAGCUCUGCAGGGGGAAGAGGACAGACAACCCAGCACACACGCAUCAUCCAGGUGUCAUUGUGUUGUCGUUCGUUUGUUCGUCGUCAUCUUGUUUGCAAACUUGUCAGCGACCGACCUGCAUAGGUUCUAUAGAAGUCCUUGAGGAAGCCAUGGAAGAGGGCCGAUGCGACCUGUGUGUCCUCGGCCGCGUCAACAGCCGUCCCUCCAUCCCCCACAGCCGUGUCGGACGGCCGGCCGCCCCCCAUCAGGCCCGACACGUCCUUCAACGCGCUACUAAGAUUCGCCCUGAGAGCGUCCCAAUGACGCCGCCUGCGGUGUACACACACGAACACAUUCACCACACACAUGUCUGCAUAUCCACCCACCUACGCAGACAGACAUCCCUCAAUGAAUGCUUCUCACUUCCUGCCAGUGGAUGCGUCCCCCGAGACGGCCGUCUGGUUGACGGUAGUGGAGUGGGAAAUCACCGUCUGGGGCGUCCUCGGUGGCAGCGACGGUGUGGGGGACCUCUCGUCCUCGCCCACACCCGACACGAGGGUGGGCGGCAGAGAGAGGAACGGCAUGGCAGAGGCCGUAUCAUCUCGUGCGCUUGGGGGUGCUGGCUGCUGGACAUGCAGGGUGGAGGCGGGCCGCAGCAGGGCUGUCUCGGACAGGCCGAUGUGAGAGCCCGAGAAGGGCACUCGAGCGGCACACGGGGAGGGGCUCAAGUCAUCACGCGGUUGCUGCCGUAUGAUGCGAUGGAUGAGGGUCUUCUCCUCCAAUAAACUGUCUGGCUUGUCUCUUCUGGCCUGGUCGCUGCUCCACAGGGCAGACACGCCCAGGCUGCAUCGAACGACCGUCCGUCACAACACAUGGCUAGCAAGGCUUCCUAAAUAAUGCGUCGCGUCUGGCUGCAUGGCAUCUCUGCGUACUCACUUUGGAGGGUAGGGAUUCCCUCGAGCAGCCGACCCCUUGGCUGACCUGUAAAGCCACACCAAGCACACUCUCACGUAUCGGCGAGCUGUGUCAUCCCCGCCCCCUCGGUGCUCGCCGGUUCUUCCUCGUGUCGUCCACCCACUCGCCCAGUUUGUCUGCCAGCCACCUCACCCUGCUGACGCCACUCCGACCGCUCCGCCCAGACGCCACGCUCGCGCCCUCCGCGCUGCUCAGCCCCUCCCGACCCAACACAGGUGUCGAUGGGCUCGACCUGGGCUUCGAUGGCCGGUGGGGUGGGGGCGACAGGUCCGCUCUGACGCCUCCCUUGGCCGACUGGACGGGCGUAACGGUGCCCUUUGGUGUCAUGGCCAGGCGCAGGCCUCCUUGCAGGCCAGUCCGGACCCCAAUGGCACCGUCAGGACUCCUCUCAGAAGAUGAUGGGUCGAUCGGCCGCAGGACGGUGGAUGGGGGGGAUGAUGGUCGCUGCGUGAGGAGUGUGGCCAAGUGGUGGAGGGUGGGGAAUGACGAAGGGGAAGCCGUCAGCCCAGACACCAACGACUGCAGUCUGUGGUGAAUCAGGACAGGGAACCAGAAGCCAUCCGUGUGGAAUCAUCCCACCCCUCCCUUUGUCUGUCUGUCUGUCUGUCUGUCUGUCCCUACUCGAUGAAGGUGGCGAUGCCUACGGACAGAUCCCUCCUAUCCAGUGCCGUGCCCGGGUCCAAAUCGCCAGUGGGAGGCACACCCAGAGAGAUCUCGCCGCCUCCACCUGCAUCUCCCUCUCUCCACACAAAGGCAAUCGUCCACACGCCCCUCCGAACGCCCACACACACGCCGUCGCCCGCCACGGCCCCCACUCUCAAUGCGUCGGUGGGCGACGACUGGCCGAGCAGCUCAUUCUCACGGCAGAAGGUGACGACGGCGGGUUUGUCGCGCUUGAUGGCCGGGGAGCUCCACACGAGAAUGCCGUGGAUCCAAAUGAGCUCCCCAGCAUAGCGGUAAGACCCAUCAAGCCCCUCAAACUGCGGCUGCUGACGAUAGAGGGGCGAGAAGUGCUGCUCCAGUGCGGCCUGCUCGGUCUCCCCCAGCCAACACACAUCGGCCCCACCCGCAUCUCCGCCAGGCGCCAGUGGGUCGGCCCCCUCCCGCUCCUCCCUCUCAGAAACCUCAAACAUGCCCCCCAGGUGCGUCAGCAGCAGAUUGGCAGAGACCUGGCUCGCUGACAGCGGAGGCUCACUGGUGGGGCGCUCGGACAGGUCGAUUUCACGCUGGAAUGCCUCGAAGAGCCGGUCAAGGCGCGAGAGGGUGUCUGGUUCGAGCGAGCGGGAAGGUCCGUGGGGCUGGCUCAUCUCCCCCCUGGUGUGGAUGGACGGCAGGAGGGCGGUGAUUGAGGGCGUGAGGAUGCGUGUGGCCGACGAGAGGACGGCAUCGGACGAGGGGGAGGUGCCCAGCAGUGCAAUGACCACCAACCAUGGAUGGCGACCCUGAGGGAGGGAGGGAGGGAAGGAGGAAAGAAAUGCGUUCGUUCAUCGACCGACCAUGGCUCCCUCCUGUCGCUGUGUCCAUCGUGCUGUUUUCUUUUACUUACAAUGAGUUUGCAUUUGAGGUCGCUGUCGCUGGGAUGGUGGUGGAAUGCGGCAUACGUCGGUGGCGCACCGACGAGCGAAUUGAGUACGCCGAGGGAGGCGAGGAACACGCCCUUCAAGCCACGAACGGUGGCCAAGUGGGGGUGCUCCACUGGCCAGUGGUACACCAACUGACACGACAGAGAAAAGGACAGACAAGACAGUGCAUUUCUUGUUUGUUUGUUUGUUUCGUCCAUGGUCAGUCAGAUUGAUCAGAUCUGGUGUAGGCUUACGAAUUCCUCGUCCUCUUCCUUGGUCGUCUGGUCCAGGAUGAAACCAAACAGGUGCAUAACGGGCCGAACGAAUGUCAGGUCGUCAGGUCAUCAGCAUCACACCAAUCAUCUGCCCAAUUCUGGCAGCUACGAGGCGUACGGAGGUGGUGAUGCCGGCGGAUAGUGACUCGCCUCGGGCCAGCCUCGC